CUUGCUCGUCGCGCUACGUCUAAGGAAACUUUGGUCACUUCUGUUGUUAAUCUAGCUUUCGGAGACACACAUCUCCCAUUUCUGUUUACUAACUGCUUAUUUAUUUGACUAGCUUUUAAGAGAUGUGGUUUAUAUAUUUACUCAGCUGGUUGUCGCUGGUGAUACAGAUAUGUUUUGUUACCCUCGCUAUUGCUGCGGGCCUUUAUUAUUUGGCAGAAUUAAUAGAGGAGUACACAGUGGCCACCAGCCGCAUUAUAAAAUAUAUGAUUAUGUUCUCCACAGCUGUGCUGGUUGGGCUCUACCUGUUUGAGGGCUUCCCCACACUCAUGAUUGGAAUCGGUCUCUUCACUAACCUGGUGUACUUUGGUUUGCUGCAGACGUUUCCUUACAUUAUGCUCACCUCACCAAACUUUAUCCUCUCAUGUGUACUGGUUGUGUUAAACCACUAUAUGGCCUUCCAGUAUUUUGCAGAGGAGUACUAUCCUUUCUCUGAGGUUUUAGCAUACUUCACAAUGUGCCUGUGGGUGAUCCCAUUCUCUUUCUUCGUUUCUCUUUCUGCUGGGGAAAAUGUCCUGCCAUCUACUAUGCAGCAGGGAGAUGAUGUGGUGUCAAAUUACUUCACAAAAGGGAAGCGGGGAAAACGCUCAGGCAUCCUGCUCAUAUUCUCAGUUGUGAAGGAAGCCAUUUUGCCGAGCCGACAGAAGAUGUACUAAAGAAGUUUAAGUGAAUACAUAUCAGACGAAUGGGGCUUGGCAUUGGGGUUGUUCAGAUCACCUGCUCCUUCAGAUGAACAGCAUCAUCAUUUUAUGAGGGGGGAUUUGUGAAGAUUAUCAUGGGAUGAAUCUGUAGCCAAGGGAAAGGACCAUAUCUAAACAAGUGCACAUAAAACUCCUGGAAUGAACUUGUCGAUUUAUGCGAGAGUCACGGCAGUAGCCAGCUAAUUUUUCUUAGGCGUCCCAAGCCAUAAGAGAACUCCAGAAGUCUUUAAUCUUUAAAGGCUUAAUCUUUUGACAUUUGAUGGUGUCUGUAUAUGAAUUAUUGUGGAAGGGCUUUGGCUUCGGUCGUGAUGGCAGUGCUGCCUGUAGAAGCUCCUGGUGAUUUUCUUCUAAUUGUGUCAAUUUUAAAGGCAGUGUUUAUGCUCAUGAAUAAAUCGAUGUGUCUGGGUUUUUGUUUGCAUUUUAAAGGAAUGUUUUACCCCAAAUCCAAUGUAUGUUCUUCUGUUAGUCCACUGUCGGCAUAGUGUCUUGCAAGUAUUCGUUGUAAGCUUUAUCGUUAAAAGAAUGGUUUAAGAACUGAAAAUUCUGUUGUUUACUCACCACCAUGUUUCUCUGAAUGAAAGUUUGUGUUACUUUCUUUAUUCUAUAGAACACAAAGAAAGAAUUUCUGAACAAAUUGUUCAUGCUGCGUAUUUAUAGAAUGAUAGUCAAUAGGGAGGGAAAUGUUGAAGGGAUAGUUCACCUUAAAAUUAAAAUUCUGUCAUAAUUUUCUCAUCCUCAUGUUGUUCUUAACCUGUAUGAAUUUCUGAUAAACACAAAAGAUAUUUUGAUAAAUGAUGGUAACCACACAGCUGAUUGUAACCACUGACUUCCAUAGUAGGAAAAACAAAUAUGAUGGAAUUCAAUGGGUACUGUCAACUGUGUGCUUUCCAUCAUUUAUCAAAAUAUCCUCUUUAUAAUUUAUCACAAUAUUUGAAAUAUUUGUUGUCCUACUAUGGAAGUCGAUGGUUACAAUCAGCAGUGUGCCUACCAUCAUUUAUCAAAAUAUCUUCUUUUGUAUUCAUCAGAUAAAAAGAAAUUCAUACAGAUUUAGAACAAAAUAAGGAAAUGACAGAAUUUUAAUUUUUGGGUAAACUAUCCAUUUAGGUUAAAAAAUAAUAACAAACGUACAACGAGUUUUCUGUAACUUAAAUGUCUGGAAUUAUUUGUCUCCAUAUAAUAGCUCUCUUGGCAACUCACAAUUAAUUUGUUAUUAAAUACAAAGAAGCAAUCUUGUUGGUUACAUUUGUUCUUGCACACAUAUGUAGCUUCACGUUACUUUGGAUGUAGAGUAUAAGGAUACCUUUUGUAAUGCUUAUUUUGGAACUUUAUGACAAGACAUUGUUAAUUGGUAAAUUUCUUAUUUUGAUUCACGACAAACAGUAAACAGAUUUGGAACAACA